GGCAUCCAGCAGCCUGACAGCUCUCCUGUUUCCAUCUGCUUCUUCAUCUCAUCAACUGCUGCCAUGACGUUUGUCGCUCCUCCUGGCUACCAGCCAAUCUACAACCCUACAAUCCCUUAUCUUGGGCCCAUUUAUGGAGGCCUGAGGGACGGUACGUCCAUCUACAUCCAGGGAUCCAUUCCUGAUGAUAUCACCAGGUUUUUCAUCAACCUGCUAUGUGGAGAGUAUGAGUCCAGCGACAUCGCCCUCCACUUCAACCCUCGCUUUGACGGCUGGGACAAAGUGGUCUUCAACACUCGGCAGAAUGACUCCUGGGACGAGGAGGAGAAGAUUCGUGAUAUGCCCUUCAGCAAGGGCGAGCCCUUUGAAAUGGUCAUCAUGGCCACUUCACAAGGCUACACGAUCAAAGUCAGGGGGAAUGACUUCCACACCUACGAACACCGUAUCCCUAUGGACAGAGUGCGUGGAAUGCAGAUCGGAGGAGAUGUUUCCAUCCAGACCAUUAAUAUCAUAGGGGCAGGAAUGGGAGGAGGAAUGGGAGGAGGAAUGGGCGGAGGCAUGGGAGGAGGCAUGGGCGGAGGCAUGGGAGGAGGCAUGGGAGUAAGUACCUUUAAUCAUUGUUUAACAUGUUCAUGCUCUUUCAAACAGGGAGGAUAUCCAGGAAGUGGAAUGGGGGGAGGAUACCCAGGUGGCAUGGGAGGCGGUAUGGGUGGAGGCGGUAUGGGAGGUGACAUGGGAGGUGGAUAUCCAGGAGGUGGAAUGGGGGGUGGCUAUCCAGGAGGCAUGGGAGGUGGUAUGGGGGGAGGAUUUCCAGGAUCAAACCUGCCGAGCAUGGGUGGGCAGCCAGUCUACAAUCCUCCCUUGCCCUACUCCAACAUGAUCCCAGGAGGGAUGUUCCCUAAGAGGACCAUCAUCAUCAGAGGCAUGGUGAACUAUGGAGCAGACAGCAUAUGCAUCAACUUCAUGUCGAGCAGAUCUCGGGACAUCGCCUUCCACAUGAACCCCAGAGUGAGGGAGGGGAUUGUGGUGAGAAACAGCAUGAUUGGAGGUGACUGGGGUCAGGAGGAGAGAGACGGCAGCAUGAACCCCUUCAUGGAGGGACAGUACUUUGAUAUGUCAAUUCGCUGCGGGAACCAGAGAUUUAAGGUCUUUGUGAACGGGCAGCAUCUGUUCAAUUUCUUCCACCGCUUCCAGUCCUUUAAUGAGAUUGACAUGCUGGAGAUUGAAGGCGAUAUGCAGAUCUCCUACAUUCACUUCUGAAACCUCACACACCUACGCAUCAUAGUAUUCAUUCUGUACAUUAUUCAACUAUUUCAUGUGCUUUUUAGGUGUCGGGUGAUAUUUCAGAGGAUAUAUCAGCCCCUGUGUUGUUCAUCUCAGGUUCAUAAUCUUCCUGCUGUCUGAUCAUAAAUAUCAAUAAGACAAAACUUUACCUCAUUAUCAACUGUAUUGUUCAUACCUGAUAAACUGAAUCAAUAAACAUGUCACUAAAACA